UAUUGUUUUAAAUAAUACCAAGGUACCUGUUUAGAAUUAAAAAUGUUAAUAUAUUACUUAGUUUGUAUCGCUUUUUUCGCGAGCGUGUGCAGUUACCCGAAACUAGAAAAAAAUGAGGAAGAAGAUGAUGACAUUUCGCCAUAUCCGAAUAAGCUAGUCAGAAACAGAACUCAAGAAGAAAUGGACCAGGAAAAACGACAGGAUUAUUGGGACAAAGAAGCCGUUGAAGUACUAGAAGAAAAAUUAUCAAGGAAGAUUAAUACAAAUCUUGCCAAUAACGUAAUAUUAUUUUUGGGUGAUGGUAUGUCCAUACCAACAGUGUCAGCAACAAGAGUUUACAUGGGAGGAGAGGAAUAUAAGUUAGCUUUUGAAUAUUUCCCCUAUACUGGCUUUUCAAAGACGUAUUGUGUGGACCACCAAACUGCAGAUUCGGCAUGUUCAGCAACAGCUUAUUUGGGGGGAGUAAAAGCAAAUUUGGCAACGAUCGGAGUAUCAGCGAUAGUAAACAAGAAAAAUUGUAGUGCCAUGAACGACCCUAAGAAUCACGUCCAAUCUAUCGCCCGAUUAUUUCAGUUGGCAGGAAAAAGAACCGGAUUGGUUACCACAACUAGAGUAACGCAUGCUUCACCUGCAGGAGUAUACGCCCAUACAGCCUACCGCCGUUGGGAAAGCGACACAAAAGUAAUAAAAACUGAUUACGAUCCCAAAAAAUGCGAAGAUAUCGCUCAUCAACUUAUCUUCGGAGAGACAGGCAAACAUCUGCAGGUGAUAUUAGGAGGUGGACGAAAGAACUUUCUGCCAAAAGAAAUAAUUGACGAAAAUGGGAAUCAAGGAGUAAGAUCUGAUCAAAUGAAUCUAAUCCUUGAGUGGGCUAAACAAAAGGAAAGUAUAGAUAAAAAGUAUGAGUAUGUGUCUAAUAGGGAACAGCUUCUUAAUAUUCAAAACGAUACGGAAUAUUUACUAGGUUUGUUCUCCUCCUGCCACAUGCCCUACAACUUGGAAAGAAAUAAAGAAUCAACUCCAUCCCUCGAAGAAAUGACGGAAACAGCAAUAAAAGUUCUUCAAAGAGGUCCCGAAGGAUUUUUCCUGUUCGUAGAGGGCGGACGUAUCGAUACUGCUCAUCAUUUAAGUUCAUCUAGAAAAGCACUAGAUGAGGCUGCAGAAUUUUCCAAGGCCGUCCAAAGGGCUGUUGACUUAACCAAAGAAGAAGACACUCUGAUUAUAGUAACCUCCGAUCACGCGCAUACUAUGAGUUUCGCUGGGUAUGCUCAAAGGGGCAGUGAUAUAUUUGGGUACGGCGGCCAGGCUAUGGACAGUAAUUUGUAUACUAUUUUGAAUUACGCCAAUGGUCCAGGAUACAAAGUGAUGGAAACUGGAGAGAGAUAUGUACCAUCCGAAAAAGAAAUGAACGAAGUGAGCUUCAAAUGGCCGUCUACUACGCCGUUAGCAUCUGAAACCCACGGCGGCGACGACGUCGGAAUAUUCGCAAGAGGUCCUUGGGCACAUCUCUUUACGGGGGUGAUGGAACAAAAUGUGAUACCGCACCUUAUGGCGUUCGCAUCGUGUACCAGUAAGGAAAUCCAGUGUGACCGUUAUGUGAAACAAGCGUAGAUGAAAAUGAAAAUUGAACCAGAAGUGGAAAAGAUAAGAUCGAA